CGUCAGUGUCAAGUAAAUUUUUUUCGAUGUACCUAUAAUUUGAAGUUGGUUACAUAAAACGAGUUUCAAAUUCAAUAUAAAAGAUAUGGCCGGGAUUGUUCGGGUUGCAUUUGUAAAAGCAAUUGGACCUAAUUCAAAAUUCUUAAACGUCCAAAAUGCUUUACCAGCAGCAUUGUCACAAAAGUGUAAAAUUUCUGGAAAGACAAUGAGGGGUUCAGUUAAAGUAUCAAAACCAAAACCUUGGCCAUAUAAAGAAAAAGGUUACGGGCUUUUACAAGCAAUGUUUGAUAAAACUAGCAAAAGAUUAGAUGAAAAUUCAAAAAUUAUUUGUGUUGAAGGACCAAUUGCAGCAGGCAAAACACAAUUUGCUAAAGAAUUGGCUGAUGAAUUGGAAAUGUUACAUAUGCAAGAUGCAAACAUGGAUAUGAUAUAUAUUAAUCCUUAUGGAUACGAUAUGCGAAAAUUAGAUCCCCAACUCCCGGAAUCAACCCGUAGUUUUGAUGAGAAGAAUUUUUGUGCUAAUCCAAAUCAUCCACUAGUAGCUCAAUUACAAAUUAGAAUGUAUAUGUUGAGAUAUUCGCGUUAUAUUGAUGCUUUAGCACAUGUUCUUUCAACCGGUCAAGGUGUUGUUAUAGAAAGAUCACCAUUUUCAGAUGUAGUUUUUGCUGAAACCUUAUACAAACAUGGCUAUAUUUCGAAAGGUGCGCGAAGUGUUUAUCACGAUAUUCGACACAAUACUAUUAGCGAAUUAAUGAAACCACAUUUGGUGAUUUAUCUUGAUAAUUCGGUUAGUGCUGUUAAGGAAAAAAUUAAAGCACGCAAUCUACCACAUGAAGUUAAUUCCAAAGUAUUUACUGAUGAAUUUUUAAAAGAUAUGGAAUUAAAUUAUAAAUUAAAUCAUUUGAAAGAAAUCAGCGUUCAUGCAGAGUUGUUAGUCUACGAUUGGUCAAAUGGUGGUGAAACCGAGGUUGUAGUCGAAGAUAUUGAACGAAUUGAUUUUAAUCAAUUUGAAAAAGAUCGUCAUAAUAAGAAAAUGAAGGACUGGCGUUUACCAUUAGAAUGGGAUUGGUGUGAACGUCGAAUUAAAUAUGGCAAUGAUAAACAUGUUUUAAUGAAUUACUUUAAUAUACCACGUUUCGAUGUCCCAGAGUUAUUACGUGAUGCUGAUUCUUCAAAAAAAUUCAAAGAUGUAUGGUUUAGUGCUCCGGGAAUGAAGUAUAUUUACGGAUAUAACGAAGAUAUGGGAGAUACUGGUCUUUUAACAAAAACAAAGAUAGACACAAGAUAUGGAAUGUAAAAUUUCUGUAUGUUUUCAUAUUUGUUUUAUCUAAUUAAAUAAUUUAUAACUUUCGUUAAAUAAAAUGAAAGUCCGAAAAGUAA